UUAUCGCAGGCUGGUCUCUUCUCUGGCGUCGUCACGACAUUCAUUCAAAUCGACAGCUGCAAGACGCUGGACGCCGACUCGGGGAGCCAGACCGCCGUGCUCCUCAGCCAGAUCUCGCAGCAGCUCGUGAACCUGAAUAAUGGCACGCCGGCGACCGACGCACUCCCUCCUACCGCUCCCGCCCCCAGUCUCCUCCCUUGUCUGCAACGCGCGUUGGUUCGCGAGUCUCGCGCUGAGGUUGUUGAGCGCAUUCGUCGCGACUCUGGUCAAGCAAACAGUGGGCGCAGGAGUACCAGCACCGUACAUCGAAGUUCGCCUCGGUCCCGUGUGUACAUGUAUCUCUACUCUACUACGGUUUGCGCCGCUCCGAUAUGCAUGCCGUCGUCGGCGUUCGCCCGCACUGCUUUUGUUCCUUGCGGGUCUGAUGGCAUUUCUUGUGCGCGUCAACAUCAUCAUCAUGGCCAUACUUAA